UUUAAAAACAAAUUAUGUAUUGUUUGUAGUGAUAGAGCCAGUGGAUUUAAUUUCAAUGCCAUAACAUGUGAGUCUUGUAAAGCAUUUUUCCGUAGAAAUGCCCACAAAUUUAAUUUGUUGAAAUGUUUUAGAGGACAGUCGUGUCCACCGAUAUGUAUAGCCAAUCGUAAGUCAUGUAAAAAAUGUCGACUAAAUCGGUGUUUGGCUUCCGGUAUGAGAACCGAAUUAAUUCUUACGGAAAAUGAACGAAUAGUCCGGAAGAAUAAGAUUCUGGAAAAUCAAAGACAAAGACAACGACUGAUCCAAGAGUUGUCACUAAUAGCUGAGAUCACGACAACAACAACAACAACAACUACUACUACUACUACUACUACUACUAAUAAUAAUAAUAAUAAUAAUAUUGAGGACAUACCUAAAAAUAAUAAUAAUAAUAAUAAUAAUACCGAUAAUAACAAUACAAUGGUUAUUGUAUGCGAUUAUAUGAUAAUACCAUUUCAUCGGACAAUACAAAUGUCAUCCUUAAGUAAACUAGAUUUUAAUGAUCGGGAAAUCAGUCGACUUCGGGAACUACUCGAUGCAUCCAAAAUACUGGACGACAAUAAUAGGUCAGUCCCGCCAUCACCGUCACCGACAACAACAACAACAACAACCAACUGUCGAUAUGUUAGCCAAUUUGACGACAUGUUACGUGUAAUGUCCCUGAAAUGCGAUUACGAUAUCAAACAGAUUGUAAAAAUGACUAAACAAUUGCAACCGUUUAGUAGACUAAGCGAAUCGGAUAAGCUAUCGCUGAUUAAGUACUCGGCCAUUGAGAUACUGACCCUAAGGAUUGUACCCAAUAUUGAUACCCAAACAGAGUACUGGACUGUGAGGACAGAUAGCGAUACAGUGUCUAUGAUAUAUAUUCAUCAAUUAAGACAAUGUAAACGCAAUUAUUAUGAAAAUUUUUGGCAAUUUUAUCAUAUGAUAGCACCGGUAUGGCACAGGGAUAUGGUUAUCAUUGAUCUGUUAACAGCUAUACUAUUGUUUGACGCCAAUAGACCUGAGCUUAAGCACCGGGAGUAUAUCAUACUUCAGCAACAGAUAUACAUGUUUUUAUUGCAACGAUAUCUAUACAUCAGAUGCCGUACGGAAAGGGAGGCAAACAUACAGUUUGUACGUCUAUUGAAUAGUUUGCAUCACUUGCAUACUGUCGAUGAAAAAGUUGCACUCAAUUGGCUGGAAGGCGAUCCCCGACUGGUCCUACCAUUGCUUCGGGAGAUUAGUCAACGAAACUAA